AUGUAUAACAAUAAGGCUUUCUUUUCUUUUCUUUCGUUUGCAAUAUCUUCCAUAAAUAUUUCACCUGUGUCUUUUUUUUUUCUUUCUAUCGAUUUUAGUACAAUCUAUUUUAUCUCAGAGAUUUCCAACUCCACCUAUCUAUCCAUCCAUCUACCUUCCCCUAUCAAUCUAGUCUCAAAAAGCUUCUAUCUAUCUAUCUAUCUAUCUAUCUAUCUAUCUAUCUAUCUAUCUAUCUAUCUAUCUAUCUAUCUAAGUCCCUCAGAUAGUGAAGUGCAUGUCGCUCAAAUUGUUCAUAUCUAUCUAUCUAUCUAUCUAUCUAUCUAUCUAUCUGUUAGUACUUUCAUAUCUUCCUUCCUCUAUUCAUAUCUAUCUAUCUAUCUAUCUAUCUAUCUAUCUAUCUAUCUAUCUAUUAGUGCUUUCAUAUCUACCUCCGUCUGUUCAUAUCUAUCUAUCUAUCUAUCUAUCUAUCUAUCUGUUAGUACUUUCAUAUCUUCCUUUCUCUAUUCAUAUCUAUCUAUCUAUCUAUCUAUCUAUCUAUUAGUGCUUUCAUAUGUACCUGCGUCUGUUCAUAUCUAUCUAUCUAUCUAUCUAUCUAUCUAUCUAUCUAUCUAUCUAUUAUGCUUUCAUAUCUACCUUCGUCUGUUCAUAUCUAUCUAUCUAUCUAUCUAUCUAUCUAUCUAUCUAUCUAUCUAUUUAUUAGUGCUUUCAUAUCUACCUUCGUCUGUUCAUAUCUAUCUAUCUAUCUAUCUAUCUAUCUAUCUAUCUAUCUGUGAGUACUUUCAUAUCUUCCUUCCUCUAUUCAUACUAAUCUAUCUAUCUAUCUAUCUAUCUAUCUAUCUAUCUAUCUAUUACUGCUUUCGUAUCUACCUUCGUCUGUUCAUAUCUAUCUAUCUAUCUAUCUAUCUAUCUAUCUAUCUAUCUAUUAGUGCUUUCAUAUCUACCUUCGUCUGUUCAUAUCUAUCUAUCUAUCUAUCUAUCUAUCUAUCUAUCUGUUAUGCUUUGAUAUGUACCUUCGUCUGUUCAUAUCUAUCUAUCUAUCUAUCUAUCUAUCUAUCUAUCUAUCUAUUAUUACUUUCAUAUCUUCCUUCCUCUAUUCAUAUCUAUCUAUCUAUCUAUCUAUCUAUCUAUCUAUCUAUCUAUCUAUCUAUCAUCUCACUUGUGCCGAAGUGA